AUGACCCCACCCCAACUGAGCUACAGCCGCCACAACCAAGAGACCAAGAGUCAGGGCUGCCGAGCGCAGCUCUGGCCUGUUCUUCCGGCCCUGGGCAUCAUUUACCAAAAAAAGGAGAAGUUCGUCAACCGAGCAGGCAAACGACAAAGGGAUCCUCUGUCAAAGGCUGAAACAUUAACAGCAGGCCAAUUGCAGAAAGCUGCCGAGUUGAAGGAGGACCAAAGUAUUCUUUUGCAUAUAAAAGACAAAGACUGUGUGGCUCUGGAGGUGCAGAACCACAAAGGCUGUUAUAAUCAGUACACCAGGUUUUUGACGAGGCCUGAAAAACCAGAGAAAGACCAGAAUGAGCCCACGUUUGAUGUCAGCUAUAAGAUAUUCUGUGAAAGGAUCAUUCGCCAAAGGCUGCUUGUCAACCAAGAGGUGCUGAGAAUGGGCCAGCUGAGGAAGGCCUUCAUUGAACUGGGGAAAGCAAAUGAAGGUCUUGAUGCUUCAAACUACAGACAGGAUAUGUUGAGGAAGAGGCUGGCUCGUGAUUUCCCCCAGCUGGUGUUUCACAUCCCCACCAAGCGCAACAUCUGCGAGCUGGUUUUUGCAGAGACCCUGUCAACCGGUACACUCGUGGACAUGCUACCUUACCCAUCAGGUGCAGAAACCACACAGUCUAGUGAGUUGAGCCAGACAGACAGCGAGACUGAGAAAGGGACAACAAAAAUGCAGACCUUACAACAGUGGGCAAAAACCUCUGCUUGUACAUAG